AUGGCGGGGAAGGAGGCGGGGCUCGCCGGAGAUGGUGGAUCCGGGCCGGAUCUCGCCGGAUCCGGCCGGAUCCCGGCGCGGGGAGGCGGAGGAGGUCGCCGGCGGGCGCGGGGCGAGGCCGGGUGCUCGGGGCGGAGGGCGGCAGCGGCCGGGCGGCGGAGCGCAGGCGGCGGGGCGGCGAUGCAGGGCGACGGAGGCGAGGCGGCAGCCGGCGCGCGCGGGUGCGGGCGGCGGGGCCGGCGCGGGAAGGCGGAGGGAGCGGGCGAGGCGGCUAACGGGCUCGGGGGCCCGCGGCGGGCCUGGCGGGCCGGCGGACGCGCCACAUGGCAGCUUCCGGUUGGGCGGGGCGCGGCGGCGGAUGCGUCCGGUCCGAUCCAGACGUGCCCGGCGGCGGAGAGGGAGCGGAGCUAG